CACAAGGAAAUGAUUAAUAAGUCAAAGAAAAAGCAUUGACAAUGAUCUAGGCACGCACUAGAUUAGCGUCUAAGAGAACACGACGAGCCUAAACGGACCGAUCACGAGUCUCUCGACGGUGAAUAAGCCACGACUUCAGUCUCCUUCUACACCAACGUGGUGUUUCUUUGUACCAUACACGUGUCAUCAUCUCCAACACACACACUCUCUCUCCCCCCAUUUGCUUGACUUUUGCGGUCACUGAGACUUAUAAAUACACAUUUAUAAUAUAACCAUCGCCGGAGAAGAUGGGAAGAGCGCCGUGUUGCGAGAAGGUCGGGAUAAAGAGAGGGCGGUGGACAGCGGAGGAAGACCAGAUUCUCUCAAGCUACAUUCAAUCCAACGGUGAAGGCUCUUGGAGGUCUCUCCCCAAAAAUGCCGGAUUAAAAAGGUGUGGAAAGAGCUGCAGAUUGAGAUGGGUAAACUAUCUUAGAUCUGACCUCAGGCGUGGGAACAUAACUCCACAAGAAGAGGAACUCGUUGUCAAAAUGCAUUCCACUUUGGGAAACAGGUGGUCACUAAUUGCGAGUCAUCUACCAGGGAGAACAGACAACGAAAUAAAAAAUUACUGGAACUCUCAUCUCAGCCGUAAACUCCACUACAUCAGAAAGUCUCACGACGUCCCGGCCGUAAUCAUGAACGCUCCUCCGACGUCACAGCGUCUGCCGGAGAAACGGAGACCAGGGAGAACCAGCAGAUCCGCCAUGAAACCCAAAACUCACAAACCAAAAACUAGAAAGCCGAAGAAAACGUCUGCACCGCCGGAAGUAGACGCCAACGUAGCAGUUAACGCGGUGGUGGGAGAAGACGCAUUAAUGAUGGAGUUAAGUGGAGCCGAGGCUGAGCUAGGACCACGUGAUGACUACUACUAUGGAGCGUGUCAUGAAGGAGGAGAUUGUUGCAAUACUAAUAAUAACAAUAAUAAUAAUAAUAAUAAUCUCAUGAGCAUUAAUGGUGAGGAUGCAGUUUUGUCUUUCGAUGAUGACAUCAUUGAUCUAUUGUUGGACGAGUCAGAUCCAGGCAACGUGUUUUCAUUGAGUGAUGGUGAUGGAGAGUUGAGUCAUUUAGGAGACUCUACAAUAGCCAGAGGGUCAUCAGAGACUUCGAACCUAGGUUAUCUCGACCCUCUUCAUGAGCCUUGUCCGUCGGUGGAGUCGUUUAUCAACUACGAGCAUCAAAAUGCGUUGACGGAUGAGUUUAUUGACUGGGACUGUGUUUGGCAAGAAGGUAAUAAGAGCCAUAAACUUUGCCAUGAGAAAGAUAGUUCUGAUUCAAUGGUGUCGUGGCUUCUGGACGGUGAUGAUGAGACCACGAUCGGGAAAAGUAACUGCGAAAAUUUUGGAGAACCGUUGGAUCAUAAUGAGGAAAAUGCGUUAGUCGCUUGGCUUCUGUCCUGAAGAUGUUAAUGAUUUGUGUUAAGUGUGGGUCCAAUCCAUGUAGUGUCAUAUCAUCGAGUAAUAUUAGUUUAAAUUAUAUUGAAAUAAGACCCACGGGAUUUUGAAAGAUCAAAAUAACAUAUCAUCAUCGUUUAAUAGGAAAAACCUAAUAAUAUUAUAUUUUCCCGUC